AUGAAGGCUGUUUUUCUCCAGGUCCUGUUUCUGCUGAGGAUCUUGUGCCUGGUGACCCUGGCUGGAGGGCAACCCAAAGCACCUCUGAAGUGCUCAAGCGUGUGCAGCUCAUUUGCAUCUAGGAUAGAGGAGAAGCGGAUAAGGAGCUACCACAGGACGGAACCUCACUGCUCCAAACAAGCCAUCAUAUUUAUUACUCUGAAGUCCCGGAAGAUUUGUGCAAAUCCGGAGGCAGAGUGGGUGAAGAAGAUUGUAGAGAAACUUGAUCAGGAAAAAGCUACUCCUUCAGUUUCUGCUCUAAACUCCACAACUGCCAUAAACAGAGGUCCUUCUGUCCAUACCAAUAAGGUUGUCAGUUCCUCUGCAGAUCCUUUUGGUGGCAGAACAUUUGAUUAUUCAUCACCUUUAGGAAAGCGAGAGCCUUCAGAGACAUUGAUUUUUACUAAUCAAGCAUACUCAGGCCAAGCCAGAGCGCAGAUGACUACAGAAAGAUCAAAGGACCUGCCUCUUCCCAGCUUCUUGUCAAGACCUCAAAUGCACUUUGUUAUCCCAGUUUCUGUGGUAGGUGGACUGAUGGCUUGCAGUGUUGCUGCUGUAUGGCUAUAUCUAAAAUUUGGAGUCAAAACAGAAGAAAUGUCAAGAGAAACGGUACAGGGUUUGCUCUGUCACAAGGAGGGACAGGGGAACAGUGGCUAUCCAAUGGAAGUAAUCUGA